AACGGCACAUGCCCCUUAAGUUUAGCACUUUGAGCAUGUAGCAUGCGAUCGACCCAAUGUUUCCCUGGAGCCAAUGGACUGCCAAGGGCCCGGAACAGUCACCUGUGCAGCCCUGGUGAUGCAAUUCCCGGAUGCCAAGCAGGAUCGCCCGGGUUUAUUUGAUCGCCGUCCGCCCUGCAGCAAUGUCCAUCUUGCCUCUUUGUCUGCCUGGCUUUUUUCUUUUUUUCUUUUUUCUUUUUCCUUUUUUUUUCUGGCUGCAGAAAAGGACCGUCACUCGGAUGGUGCCAGCAUGCAUGCAUGCUGAUAAGCCGGGUGUGAUGUCUCUUGUCGGCCUUGUGUUCGGAGUCUAAGUCUAUAUAGCCUGGCACACCUCCGAAAGUCCCCG